AAAUCUCUCCCCCUGGCCCUGCUGGGAGGGAUUUUCACUCUGAACUAUUUAAGGAAAUUACGCUCGAGCGGAGGAGGAGCAGGCCGGCCAGCGUGCAGCUGCUGCUGCAGGAGGGGGGAAAUCCAGGGGGUGCAUCGCUGCUGCUGGGACGGGAGGAGACCCCCGACCCCCCCCCUUCCCCCCAGCUGCUCAGGCGCUGCAGACCCGGGGCCAUAGAACAGGGAUCUGCUUUUCAUCAUUAGCAACCCAAGCUGGAUUCGAGCUGGUGAUCAAGGAGCGGGGUAAAUCCCUAACCCAGGGGGCAAUUCCACUCAGCAGCAUGACAAGCGAGGUGGUGGAGGAUGAGAUGGAAUUUUAUUCCAAGGCUGAGAAAUACUGGAAGGAUGUGCCGCCCACGGUGGACGGCAUGCUGGGUGGGUACGGCCACAUCUCCAGCAUUGACAUCAACAGCUCCAAAAAAUUCCUGCUUAAGUUCCUUCGGGAUGGUCCUAACAGGACGGGAACCGCCUGCGCCCUGGACUGUGGGGCUGGGAUCGGCAGGAUCACCAAGAGGCUGCUGUUGCCUCUCUUCAAAGCAGUGGACAUGGUGGAUGUGACCGAGGACUUCCUGACCAAGGCGAGGACCUAUCUGGGAGAAGAGGGCAGGCGCGUGAGGAACUACUUCUGCUGUGGCCUGCAGGACUUCAGCCCUGAGCCCAACUCCUAUGACGUCAUCUGGAUCCAGUGGGUAAUAGGACACCUGACUGAUGACCACCUGUCUGACUUCCUGAAGAGAUGCAAGGUUGGCCUGCGCCCCAAUGGCAUUGUCGUCAUCAAGGACAACAUGGCCCAGGAGGGAGUCAUCAUGGACGAUGUGGACAGCAGUGUGUGCCGGGACCUGGACGUGGUGCGGAUGAUUGUCCGGCGCGCAGGCCUCAAUCUCCUGGCUGAAGAAAGGCAAGAGAACUUCCCCGACGAAAUCUACCACGUCUAUACGUUUGCCAUGAGAUGAACCCGGGCUGGGAGAGGCUGUUUACCAAGAGGUACCACUGUGCCAGGACCAGCCCAGCAGGCCCCUUCUGGGGGGAUCAGGAGGACACCUAUCGUGUGGUCCAGACACUUCAUGGUUAAAAUUCAGGGUGGGGUGGGGUGUCCUGAAUAACCCUGCUGGGGCUGGCUGGAAAGAUCGGGGUGGGUCUUCUGCGUUGCUGCUGUUUGUGAGAAAAGACAGCUGCCAAAUACACUCUCCUGCUGUUGCA